AUGCUGACCCUAUCCAACCACUCCUCAAAGCACAUAGAGGAGGGCUCUAUUCCAUCCCGAAAGUUUGCCUCUACCCUUUCUAAACGUUCGUUAUGGACGCCCAUUUCUGUGUCCUCCUCUCCGUCCUGCGUUACCACAUUCCCGGUGGCACGACACCGUGCCGAGGCCCAAAUCGAAGAAGGAGCCCUAGCCGCACGAAAAGCGUGGCUGGACCUGAUGCCAGGGCAGGAUCUUCGAACCCACUCUGCCGGGCCAGAUGGUAAUUUCUUUGCCCUGUGCUGGCCAUAUGGCAAGACGGAACGUGUCAAGCUAGCCACCGAGAUCAUCGAAACACUUUGGCUUUACGACGACCUCAUCGAAGAUGUGCCUCACACCGAAGCGUUGCAGACUCAUGCCAGUCUACGAGAUUCCUUCGGAUCGGCGAAGGACACAGAGAAACCCAGUCGGAAGACCGUUAUCGCCGGUUUGUUCAAGCAAUUCGGCGAUCGGAUGUCAAAGCUAGACCCAAAAGGUACACCACGUGUGAUUGAUGCGUUGAAGUCAUACCUGGCCAACUAUGACAGCCAAAAGGGCGGUGAGCUUCCGAACAUCGCAGAGUAUACUGAGUACAGGAUCCUCAACGUUGGGUUUUGGAUCAUGGAGAGUUUCAUGUUGUGGACAAUGGGCAUCACACUCGACAAAGCCGAGCAGGAAAUGUGUCACGAGUUUGCACUUUCCGCAGGUCGCGCCAUGGGACUCACAAACGAUCUCUAUUCAUGGAAUGUGGAAAGAAAUGAUCGUGGUGAGCGUCAGUGGAACGCUAUUCCGGUGAUUAUGGAAUCCUGCCGCUUGUGUGAGAACGAUGCGAUUGUAUUCGUCAAGGGGCUGGUGAUACAUCACGAGCAGGAAACCCGGCGGCUAGGGCUAGAGUUGCAAAAGCGCUCCGGCAACUCGCACAAAAUCCAGAAGUACAUCAAGGCCACGGGAUUCAUGCUCGGAGGUAACUGCUUCUGGAGCUCCAGUUGCCCCAGGUAUAAUCCAGCGGUGAAUGGGGAGGACAUUGACUCAAGCUCCUCAUCGUCCAGCGCUUAA